GAUGUCAUGGCUUAGGUGGGUCUGACCAAGCUGCAAUAAAAUAUAACAAGAUAAGAGUGGACAACUCCUCACCCGAAAGCAAACAGACAGAGAUACACACACAGAGAACACACUGUGAGAAGCCUUCCUUCCUGGAUACGGAGACAAGGGAGAGGUGAGCUGCUAAAGACUGAAGGAGAGAAGGAAAUAGGACUGCAUACAGAGGAGAAAGACAGUGUGAGGGGUAAAAGGUGAGAAAUAGUAACAACGAAGAAGAGUGAGAGCGAAAGAAGGAAAUAAGGCCGAAGUGAGAGUCUGGGACAGUGAAAGAGAAGAAGAAAAUAAAGAGACUGAGAAAGGAGGGAAAGAGCCACAGCAGAAGAGUGAGUGACUGAGACCAAGAAAAGGAGAGUGAGAGAAAGAGGAGUGCCAUCUUAAUCCUAAAUGAGACUUAAUUGUAGUGUGGUGCGAUGGCAUCGUUUGCUCUGGAGCUAGUGGGUGUGAUCCUGUCAGUGCUGGGUUGGUUACUGAGCGUAGUGAGCUGUGCUCUGCCCAUGUGGAGGGUCUCAGCCUUCAUCGGAGCCAACAUCGUCACAGCCCAGGUCUACUGGGAAGGUUUAUGGAUGAGCUGUGUGGUUCAGAGCACAGGCCAGAUGCAGUGUAAGGUGUACGACUCCAUGCUGGCCUUGCCCCAGGACCUGCAGGCUGCCAGAGCUCUCUCUGUGGUUACCAUCAUCCUGGGGGUCUUAGCUCUCCUCGUGGCGACCAUCGGAGCCAAGUGUACCAACUGCAUCGAGGAGGAGGGAGUGAAGGCCAAGGUGAUGGUGUCCGCAGGAGCUGCCUUUAUCCUGGCUUCGCUGGCCCAGCUGGUGCCUGUGUCCUGGUCAGCCCACACCAUCAUCCUGGAGUUCUACAACCCUAUCAUCCCCUCGGCACAGAAGAUGGAGAUCGGAGCAGCGCUGUACCUGGGCUGGGCCGCGGCCGCAUUGCUGCUGGUGGGGGGGGCUAUCCUCUGCUGCAGCUGCCCUCCUCAGGAAGACAAACCAAUGACAAGGUACUCAAUCCCUCCCCAAAGCCGGAUGGAAUAUUCCGCUGCUCCAAGGUCCAUGGCCCCCAGCUCCUACAACAGGAAAGACUAUGUGAAGGGCAGGUGUUGGAGAGAGCCAGCCCAGGGAGCUAGCAUGUCGAUGGGCAUGGAGAUCGUGGGAAUUGCCCUGGGCGUCAUAGGAUUCAUCCUGGGCAUCGUGGUCUGUGCUUUGCCCUUGUGGAAGGUGACAGCCUAUAUCGGAGCUAAUAUUAUCACAUCCCAGACCAUAUGGGAGGGCCUGUGGAUGAACUGUGUGACCCAGAGCACGGGGCAGAUGCAGUGUAAGGUCUACGACUCCCUCCUGGCCUUGCCCCAGGACCUGCAGGCUGCCAGAGCCAUGACAAUCAUCGCAAUCAUCCUGGGGAUUCUAGGGGUGAUGGUCUCCAUCGUCGGAGCCAAGUGCACCAACUGCAUCGAUGAUGAACCCUCCAAAGCUAAAGUCAUGAUCAUCUCCGGAAUCUUCUUCAUCCUGGCCGGGAUCCUAGUCCUCAUCCCUGUCUCCUGGUCGGCCAGCACCAUCAUCCAAGACUUCUACAACCCCCUUCUGAUCAACGCACAGAAGAGGGAGCUGGGGGCCUCUCUCUACAUUGGCUGGGGGGCCGCAGCCCUGCUACUGAUCGGAGGGGCCAUGCUGUGCAGCUCCUGCCCCCCCAGGGAGGAGAAGAGGUACAAGCCCCCCGGCAUGGCCUACUCUGCCCCUCGCAGCGGGGGUGCAGCGCGAUACGACAGGAAGGACUACGUCUGAGAGAGACUUCUUCAC